GGACUACAUACUGUCAUAAAAUUGGCUAUGCUCCUCGGGGUAACAAGAAACUCAUCAACGAAUCUGUUAGAGAAACACCUCCUGAUCAUCUUCCAAAAACAUCUUCACUACUUAAAAUGAAAGUUAGUGCCUCAAGUAGUAGCAAGACUCCACAAGCUUCACACUCAAAUCAGAAGCAGGGAGGGGGAGAAUUGGAAAGAACUCCGGAAACAGUUGACCAGGGUUAUGGAAAUGGAAAUGGACAUUCAUUCAGUAAGCAGGAAAAGACAACAAAUAUGUCCACACAACUUAGAAGAGAUCAAAGUUCUUUGGAUUACGAGUUGAAGGAAAGAUUAAAGAGAAAGGAGGGUGAUAUAGUAGUUGCCUUGCAACAUGAUUUGGAGAAAGAAAGAGGGAAGUGUAGAUUACUUGAAACCCAGCUCCAGGAGGCAAUACAGACAAUCGAGGAAAGGAACAAAGAACAAGACAGUCUAAUUGAAACAUUCUCAGAAGAAAGGGAACGACGAGACAUUGAGGAGGCAAAUCUAAGAAAGAAAUUAAAGGAUGCCUCUAAUAUCAUCCAAGAGUUACUCGCUAAAGUGAACCCAGGUUCAAAGUAUCGGUUGAGUCCGGUACAACUCAGCCCAAUCAACAAGGUCCAAUGACUUGGUGGUAAAUCGGUUGAGUUUGUGAAAUCCCUCGGUUAUACAGGUCGGUUCACCGAAAAUUCUGCGAGUUAACUCAGAUCUAUGGCUUCAGACUUAGGAAAGCUGCAUCAGAUUUCGGUGGUAGCCCUCUUCUUCAGUCAUAUCGUCACCGGUGCCCUGGUUGAUAGGCUGCCAUAAUAAAAAAAUCCUUUGUUCAUUGGCGUUUGGUGGCGACCGUUAAUGCGGUGCUGGAUGACAUCUCUGCAUUUGCUCUGUUGUGGUUUGGAAUUUAGGAUUUAGGAGAGUGCGAAAUCGGG